AUGGCUCUCUCAUCCUCGCUCGAUUUCCGCAAUGGUACCCGCAAUCUGGCUCGUAACAGCCUGUCUUGCUUCCAGCUCACCGCGUGGGCGAACGUGCGGCUGAGACACGGAUAUCCGAGAACCUCGCGUGGCAUUGGCCUCGAGACCGUCAGCCAGCUCGUCGCUGAUCCCGCCAAUAUCGUUAUCGCCACUUGUCGUAACCCCGCGGGCGCGACUGCGCUCUCCUCGCCCCAGACUGCCAAAGGUGUUCUGCACAUCCUCCCGCUCGAUGUCGCCAGCGAAGCCUCCAUUCGCGCCUCCGUCGCCCCGGUAGCUGCCAUCUUUGGCAUCCUCGUUGUGGGGUUUUGGCCGCAAGCCCAGGGUUAG